CUAUCGAUGGUGUCACCGCCGAUUAACCAUCACUUGCCGACGGGUGGGAUAGAAAUUUAGAAAUUUCCUAAUUUAAUUAAUAGUUUCCAGUGCAAAGCUUUCAUUCGUCGGCGGUCGACCUUACAAGGAGAACAAAAGGGAAAAGGAAAAAGGGAACAGAAAAGAAAGGGUAAAAAAACGGCAACAAAAAAAGCAAUACACAAAAUGAACAGGACAUUUUGGAGCCAGACAAUCGGUGUGAUAGGUAUAGCUAUCCUAACCAUACAGGGCAUACAUGCCCAACUGGAUCUGGAUCAAAUCCAGACGCAACUACCCGACCAAAUAACCAAGUCGAACUUUAGCUUAAACGAUGCCAAGGAGCUGUUUCGCAACAAAUGCAUCGAGGUGGCCGGCGAGACGGCUGGUGGCCAGGCGUACGGUGAGAUCGAAUCGGGAUUCGUGGUCCUCACCGAAUGCCUGAACGGCAUUGUCAACUAUACCGCCAUGCAGGAGGAGAUCCAGGAGGCCAGUCCCAAGGGCGAACUGGAUGUGGUCUUCAACAAGUAUUGCAGCAGGCGCUCCAAUGCGGUGCAAUGUGUGGACACAUUCACCACCCAACUGGUGCCCUGUUUGUCGACCGAGGAGCGUGAGGGUCAGGAUGUGAUCAAACAGAUCAUCCAGAGCCUGCUCAAUUUCGUCUGUCACAAGGAUGGCGAUCAGAUAGCCCUAUUCAUUGCCGAAAAGGGUCCCGAGUGCAUUGAGUCCCAGAAGGAGAACAUCCAGCAGUGCGUGAACAACACCUUCGCCGAAUAUCUCAAUCUGCAGGAUCCGCAGGACAAUCGCAUCAAGACGAUACCCAAGCUGACGGUCGGUGAAAAGCAAUGCGACGAGAUGCAGAACCUGCAGGCCUGCGUGGUCAGCAAAUUGGAAACGUGUUCGGAUAUCACGCCGGCAAAUCUCGUCGAGUCCAUGUUCAACUUUAUCAGGAACCAAACAUUAUGCCGGGACCAUCAGAGAUCCCCCCUGGUCGCCGCCGCUGCCGCCGCAGCAGCCAGUCGGGCAUUUCCGCAAAUGACCCAUAAUGUUCUCCCUCAUCUCGCUUUCUAUUUGCUUAUUUUGCGAUUUUGUUUUCGAAAAUCUCCCUAGUUUUAAGACCGAAAGUUUAAACUCGAAUCCAAUCGAAUCUGUUAUACUAUUUUAAUGCUUCAGCUUAAUCAAAAAGCACGAUGAUAAUCACUGUUUUUAGCUUUCGCCUUGCUUUGCCAAUCCAAUGUAUCCAGAGUUCAAUCGCUUUCGGGUUUGCGCAUGCCAAAGUACCCAUGUAUGUAAGAAUGAUUUUUGGUUUUGCCUUCAAUAUAAUAUAUGUAAUUAAUGGCCAAUCUACAAUGCUACAAUGUCAUGCGUUCAUCCCAAAUGCUUUAUUUUUAAAUUUAAUCAUCUAUCAAGGGGGCUUUCUAUGAUUCGAGUUAAGUUUGUAUCAAAUCUUGUAUUUCAUUGAGGUCAGUUUAUGGUAAUCUCGCUAUUUUAUAGUGGAUAAGGUACGGGGGUUUGGGAAAAGAAAUACACUACAAUAUAUGUAUAUGAAAAAGGAAAA